AUGGCCCCGGCGCCCCGCGCGCACGCGCGCGGGGUGCUCGCCGUGCUGGCCACGGGCGCGGCGGCCGCCGCGGAGGCCGUGGGCGUCCGCGUGCUGGCGGGCUCGGACGUCGGCGGGGCCCUGGCGGACGUCGCCAGGCGGCUCCUUGGCGCCUACACGGAGGAGCACUCAUGGGUCGUGGCGCUGGGGAACGCUCCGGAGUCCCGCGACCUGAUACCUGCCAGGGAGCUGGAGGCGCUGCCCAGCCCGGACGCCUUCAUAGUCCGCUCCGCUGGCGGCAAGAACGGCACGGUCGCGGCCUGUGCAGGCCGAACCUUGCGGGGCACGGCCUUCGCGUUCUUCGAGCUGCUCCAGUCGCUCGGGUUUGCCUUCGCGCACCCGCUCCACGCCGGCGGGCCACGCCGGCUGCCGGAGCCGCUGCCACAGCUGGAUGCGCGCCAGACGCCUCGCUGGGAGCUGCGCGGCACGCACUACCACACGCAGCACCCCCUGGAGCUGACCAACCUCCUGAACGGCUUCGAUGCCGAGGCAGGCACGCUCAGCCGAGCCCGCUGGGAGGCCGCGCUGCCGGCCUGGGAGAAGUUCCUGGACUGGAUGCUGGCGCUGAAGCAGAACUACGUGGAGUGGAUGCUGCUUUCGGACCGCAGGCUGAGCGGCGGAGGCAGCUUCGAGCUCAGCGACGAGCGACAGGCCCGCCUCCAGGAGCUCGUGCGGCGGGCGCACGGCAGGGGCAUCGAGGUGGGCGUCGACGUGCCCCUGGCGCUGCAGCAGCAGCACGCGCUGAGCAUCCUGCCAGCACCGACAGGUCGCUGGGCCGAGGACGAGGCGAUGUUGACCCACCGCCUCAGCUGGCUGCUCGCCUGCGGCUUCGACCACGUGGGCACGGAGCUGGGCACAACUGAGUUCACUCGCGGGCUCCCCGCAGAGUACAUGGUGCGCCUCCUGAACGCCACGAAGCGCGCGAUCGGCCCCUCCAGGCGUCUGCUAGUGAAGAAUCAUUGCUCCACCAAGCAGCACGCCGAUGGCUUCCCUGACCCUCGUCCAGGCCACGGCAGUGCCGACCUCAACUUCAACUACCUCAGCUACUACGCCGAGCCAGACAUCGUCGCCAUGCCUCAUACUGUGCAGGCGUACUCGCUCGAGGACCCAGCCCCCACGUACGGCAACAGGAACUUCUCGGACCUGCGCAAUUGGACCGCGUUUCUGUUGCAGCAGGGGCGGCCGGUGGUCUUCUACCCGGAGACCGCCUACUGGGUGAACUACGACAUCUCGGUGCCGCUCUUCCUGGCGCCAGUGUACGCCAAGAGCCGCGUGGAGGACGCGCUCGACAUCGACGCCAUGGGCGGCGCUCGGCCGGUCCUCGGACAGCUGAGCUUCGAGAGCGGGUGGCAGUGGGGGUAUUGGCUCGCCAACUCGGUACAGGCCGCCGUGGCGUGGGAGAGGCUUCCGGACACGGCAGCCACACUGCACCGCGUGCUCCGAUUCAUGCCCUCCGGAGUGCUGGAGCCAUUGGUGGAGCUGUUGGUGCAGCAGGCGGAGGCGCAGCACCGCCUGCUCGUCCGCGGGCUCGAGGGCGCCGAGCCGCCGCAGGGCAUCGGCUACGGCGCCCUGACCGGCAUCGCGUACAUCCAGGGCUCCGAGGGCUUGUCGGACCUUGGGAGCCUAGGUGCACGCUACCUCGGCGAAGGCGCGCCGAACCCAGACCGGCUGCGCUUCGGCGACCUGUGGCGCAGCACCCCCCUCGCGAGCCUGGGCCUCGCCAGGGCCGUGGUGGGCGACGGGGUGUUGGGGCGCCUGGCGCUCGCCAGAGAGGCGCUCGCUGGCGACUCCGAGGCAGUGAAGCUCCGGCGGCAGUGGUACCACACUCGGUUGAGGCCGCUGCUGUCGGACAUGAACCGCACCUUCACGGCCUUUGCCGAGCGCUUCGGUGCCUUGCCAACGCUGGAGCCCACGGCUUCCGCCCCGGCGCGCGCCCUGCUGCAAGACCUCGCGGUCUCCGCGCGACUGCUCGGCCUCCGCUGCGGGCAGGUGCUCGCACUGUACGACCACGCCGCCCGCUGCGGCACGUCGAGCGACCCGUCGCCGCCCAGUCUGACGGCUUGGUGCAGCGCUCGCCUGGCCGCCGCCCGUGGUGCGCUGCAGGAGGCGCUCGCGCUGGUGCCCCAGCGAGAGGCCGAGUACGGCCUAGAGGCGGCGGGCCUCAGCCAGGCGGCCGUGUCUGGCUGGCGGGAGCCCGUCCCGACCGCGUACUCUUACGGCUACCUGUGGGCGGCGCACACCCUCUUCUAUUGGCGGAGGGACCAGGCCAUCGUGGAGCAGCGCAUCCACGACCCCUGCUUCGCCACGAUCAACGACCCCGUGGAACUCGGCCUGCAGGGGGGCGGCGGGCCCUGGCAGCACCGCGUCCGGAGGUGGAUCGAGGCUGCGGCCUCCAACCCGAUCUGGCACCUGCCCCUGGCGGGCUGCGCGGGCCCGAAGGGAGAGCCCGCGCUCGUCGGGGCCGACGUCAGCAGCGCUGGCACACCCACGGAGCUGCCUGGGGAGAGGGCGUGGCUGCGGGCCACGGACCUCCUGCUGUUGUGA